UCAAACACCGAAGGGCCGCGCGCCAUUUUGGCUCAAACAAACUCCUUAAUAUUUUAUCCCAAUUAAAGUGUUUUUAUAUUGUAAUAGGGUAUUUUUAUGCUAACAUAUUGUGGGGUAACAGUAAACCUAUAACGACUUAACAUUUGUUUUGCCUUCUUUCUACGUUGUGAAAGUUGUCAGCCAAAAGUCAUGGUUUAAAGAGACCCCAGCUGAGCCAACUCAUUUCUUUGCUAAGUUUUGUUUUGUUGUUGGUUGGUUUAUUUUUCACUUUGUGUAAUGGGAGGCUGCUCCGCCCCAAAUUGCUCCAAUUCAACUAGCAUAGGGAAGCAGCUGUUUAGAUUCCCCAAAGACCCUGUGCGAAAGAAGAAAUGGGUUAUGAACUGCCGACGUGACUUUGAGCCCACUCCUCACUCCAGACUCUGUCAGGACCACUUUGAGGAGAGCCAGUUUGAAGAAAUAGCCAGAUCUCCAUCUGGUGGGAAAAAGCUGAAGCCCAAUGCUAUUCCCACGCUGUUCAAUGUGGGAGACCCCCCUUUCCCUGCAGUCACCUCUCCAUAUAUCCUGCUGCCACUAAAAUCUGAACCAGUGGAAAAGGAUCUAAAUUUUGGCGAUCAUGGCUAUGCCAGACGCAAUCCUUUGUCUGGCCUUGAAGAGGAGGAUGGAGAAAGAACAUCUGAAGACCACAACCCCUGCAUGCAGUGUCAGCUCCUUAAGAAAAAACUGGAGCAGGAGAUGCAGCACACCGCAAGACUACAAAGAGAGGCAGAAGAGAUGAAGAAGCGUCUGUAUCGGCUCGAUCGCAUCGAGAAGGGGCUCCAGAACUUUCUGUACGAGGACCAGAUCAGAGCGCUGUCCCUCACGAAGCGCUCACGGCGCGCCGUCUGGUCGCCGGAGACGAUCCUGAAAGCUAGAAAGAUCCGCUGUGCCGUCGGAACCAAAGGCUACGAGUACCUGAGGGAGAUCGGCUACCCUCUGCCCUCGUACAGGACUCUGUGCAACCGUCUGGAGACGAAGAUCAUGGUGACAACCGACAUGAGCUGUGAGGAGCUGGCAGAGCUCGGCCUGGGGCUUAUGGCCACAUGCAACAGUCCUACAGAAGGGGUCGGGGACAAUGAUGAGGAAGAACUGAUGGGAGUUUUAUCCUGAUCCCAGUUACUUACACUGAUUCUGAACUGCUGUAGAGGGAUAAGUUCAGAGAUUACACUGUCCGUGAUUUAGAAAAGUUUUGCGGCACUGGUUUUAAAGUUUUCUGGCCUUCAGGUCACCUGGCUGUACCCACAUUUUACAUCCACUCAGGUGAUGUUUGAUGCACCGGCUUACAUGUAGCCUGGAUUCAUGUUCUGCUGAUUCCUGCGGUGAUGCUGGCAUGUUAUGGUAGCCUGAACGUGUGAGGAGCAUGUGCACAAUGUAGCUCAUUCAUAUGCAUCUUGUAAAUGUGAGUGACGCUUGUUAAAAAACCUCUUUGCACAUAGCUUUGUGAAAUCGCUGCUUGUUUUUACCGUCAAUUGUGACACAGCUGAGUCUUUUACUGGCCUUGUUCUAUACAUUUAAAAAAAUGAAGUGCAAUGCAAACAGAUAAACAUGCUGCACAUUUUGGGUAAGAUGACCUUUUUAUUAGGAACAAAAGAGAUGACUGAGGCAACAUAUUUUGUGGAUUUUAGUAACAGUAGUUCUCUGAGAGAACUUGUCAAUUAUACUCUUAAAAAAAACUGUAUUUGGUUUAUUUCGAUUUGGUUUAACAAAUCGAAAUAUCCUCCAGUUUUCAGUAAUGCAGUUUACUGUCAGACUAAAUUUAACAUAUCCAUCUGAUCUCUCUUUAAAUCAUUAAAAACGCUGUACAGAAUGUAGACAUUGGCUGGUUUCUGUCACUUGGUUAUGUCUUGAUUAAUCAGAUUUUAUGUUUAACAUUUCAUGAUAGAAUUAUUCCUGAUUUAUAGGGAAGGGAUUGGGAUUAACAAAGUGCUCACCUCAUCCAAAUCCUAUUCAAAUAUGUACGCAAAAUCAACAGAAUAUGGGUAUUUUGUUGCCUUUUUUAUUAUUAUUAUUUCCUUUAUUUUCUUUUUUUGUUGUUUGGAUCAUGGGUGCCGAAGUCACGUCCAAUAAAACAGCUAAGUUCCCACAUUAGCGGUCAUGUUUCUUCUUUUUAUACAACGUUUAGAUGUGCAUUACCGCCACCUACCGGAAUGGAGUGUGAACCGGUCAUUCAGCUCUACGGAGGCCUGGUAGUGAGCAGUUCAUUUGAUUCAGGUGUGUCGGAGUAGGAACUCAUUUAAUGUUGCGUUCCAGUCACCUCAGAAAUUGGAGCUCGUAUCUGGUUUUUGAUACCCGAUCCAAGAUAACGGCGUUCUAGUUUUUCUUUUAAAAAAAGAAGAAGAAAGUAUCAACCUAGCGACGCCCAUUGAAAUUGUUUGCAUUACAAACAUAAUAUUAAGAUGCUUUCCAUAAGCAAACACCACUUUUAAUUUGUUCAGAUUAGAUUUACAUGCGCUACGUGUAACGUUGACGUUAGACCCACGUCAGUCUUUUAUAAAAAAAAAAAUAAACAUGUCUCCAUCACAUCUUACUACUGUUGACGCGAGGAGCGGCCAUUUUGAAACGCAUAGCUUACAAGUCGCAACUGGGCGACUUCGGGGAGCGCUCCAGUUGAUUUAUUUUUUUCCCCCCGACUGGGAAAUCAGCAUUUCCCAUUUCCGAGUACAACUGGAACGCAGCAUAAACAUUGCAGGACGGCAACUCUCAAGGACUGGACUUGGGCACCCCUUGGUUUCAAAGAACCACGUUUCAAAUGAUGUUUCAAAGAACGAUGUUUGGAAUGAAUUGAAAUUAAAGUUAAUGUACACCAACA